AGGAUGAACCGACAUAGUGAACUCGUGUUCGCCUUCCUGGCCGUAGCCAUAUCCGUGGUCUGCGCGGAAUUGGUGCUACCGCGGCAGUGUUCUUACCCGGAUCCUAAUGCUCCAUCAAAUUGCACCGUAACUGAAGUCUACAUAGAUCCGUGUAAAGAAGCUGCAGAGGGAAAACCAUGUAAAGUACGGAGAGGAGUAACAUCAAAUAUGACUAUCCAUUACACCCCUAAUUUUUCGGCGGACACAAUGGUCGGUCGAGUUUUCUGGGCAAGUCAGCUGACGGAUAUUCCAUUUCUGGGAAUGUCUUCAGAAGCUUGUUCAUCAACGACAUGUCCAAUCGCAGCGGGACAAUCCAAUGUUUACCAUGCGCAAAUACCGAUUUUGAAAAAAUACCCUGUUGUGAGUAAAUUGAUGUCAACAUAA